UGUUUGCGAUUUGACACUGGCACGGAAUUGGAUGGUCCUACAGGGAAGCAAGGGAAAACGUACAAACGAAAUUCCGCUUUUGUCGUUGGUUGUCGAGGAUUUGAAGAUGCUUGCAAUCAGACUCAUUUUCCACCAGUAUCACUACGACCUGAUCAAUUAUAUCAGCACAUCACCAUUUAUCGAUUCUCUCUGGUUGAAU